CAUGUGUAAUCUACGGCAGCAAAGACACUGUAUGACUCCUUUUUGGGUCGUAUCUGUCUAUUUUAAUAGUAAAGAAAUAUUUUCAUUUUUUUCCCAUUUCUUAGCUGCGAAGCAUCCUUUACUACAUAAACUAAAAGAUCCCCCAAUGUUUCCCAAAUCUACAACUUCAUUACUAGCAACCAAACAUCUUUGGAUCAACAACCGAAUUUGGAGCCACCAACUUUAGAAUAUGGAGCAGACUCUCUCCUUUGAAAUCGAGCAUGAAUUUGUUCAAAACUCCGAAAGAGUGAAGUCUGUUGAUCUGCAUCCAACUGAGCCAUGGAUUCUACUGGGUUUGUAUUCAGGAACUAUUUCUAUUUGGAAUUAUCAGACAAAGACUGAAGUCAAAUCUUUCACAUUCACUGAAUCUCCAGUCAGAUCGGCAAAGUUCAUUGCUCGGGAAAACUGGGUUGUUGCCGCGAGUGAUGACAAAUAUAUCCGCGUCUACAGUUAUGACAAAAUGGAAAAGAUAGUACAAUUUGAGGAACACACAGAUUAUAUCAGGAGUUUGGCUGUGCAUCCUUCGCUGCCAUAUGUGGUGUCAGCUUCUGAUGAUAAAGUUGUAAAGGUGUGGAAUUGGAGUGAAGGUUGGGCUUGUUAUAAGACCAUUGAAGGGCACUCGCUUUAUGUGAUGCAAGUGGCAUUUAACCCGAAGGAUCCAGCUACCUUUGCCAGUGCAUCCCUUGAUGGCACCUUGAAGAUUUGGAGUCUUGAUUCCUCAACUCCAAAUUUUACCCUGGAUGGACACUUGAAAGGAGUGAAUUGUGUUGAUUACUUCAUUAGCAAUGACAAACUAUAUCUUUUAAGUGGUUCUGAUGAUUACACUGCAAAGAUAUGGGAUUAUCAUUCUAGAAACUGUGUACAAACACUUGAAGGACAUGGAAACAAUGUUACAGCUGUAUGUGCUCAUCCUGAGCUUCCUAUAAUAAUAACAGCUUCUGAGGAUUCUACUGUUAAAAUAUGGGAUGCUGUCACAUACAGGUUUCAGACUACGUUGAACUUUGAUCUCGGAAGAGUAUGGAGUAUUGGAUACAAGAAAGGAUCACCUCAGCUUGCUUUUGGUUGUGACAAAGGAUGUGUUAUCGUUAAGGUGAACGUCAAAGCUGCCCAAUGAAACGAGACUAAAAGGACAAACUAAACUGCUUUAUCGGACUUUGGAAGGAGGACUACAUUUAACAUAUCUGCUGCUGCAGAAAUUACAAAUUAUGACAACUCUAAAAUAGAAGACCAACGGCAGAAUCGCAUGUUCUCUUUGUAGUUGAGCUUAGCAGAACAUGCUAUUUUGUUGUUCGUUGUUUGUAUUUUAAGUUGUUGCCCGAAUAAAUUAGUUUAAGUAUAUACUGU